CCCUGUUCCCAAAACCCUUAAAUCCUAUUGGGAGCUCAAAUUACCACAACCAUAACUUAACACUCCAAAUGCUCUUAACUUUCCGGCGAACCACCGCCCCACUCCGUCCAUCCCGCCUCCUCUCCACCCAACCCACCACCAUAUCUCCACCACCCACCACCGUAUCUCCACCACACCCCCUCACAAAACCCCAACUUAAAACCCUAAUCCUCUCCCACUACAACAACGGCAAGUUCUCCAACCUCCUCCAAAACGUCGUCGCUUCACCAUCCGUCCUCCUCACCGCCGCCCACAACCUCACCCAUGAAAACCAACCAACCAUUAACUCAAUCUCCACCAAUUUCUUCAAUAUUUCCCAAAUGUCCGAUGACCUCAUCAACAACACGUUCAAGAUCGAAUCUUGCGUCAUCAAAUUGACAAACAAAGGUACACCCAGUUCCCUAAAUGUCCCCAAUUUGAAUCUUAAGGUGUUAAUUGAGUCUAUUAGGAUUGUGUUAGAAGUUGUGUAUGAUGAUCGGUUUGCCACUUUUAGCUAUGGUGGUCGGGUUGGUAUGGGUCGAGCGACCGCGAUUCGGUACCUUAAAAACGUCGAAAACCCGACUUGGUGGUUUAAUGUUUCAUUUAGGAAUAAGGAAUUUGGUGUAGAGAAUGUGAAUAAGUUAUGUUUGGUUAUUAAGGAGAAAGUUAGUGAUGAUAUGUUAAUUGAUGUAAUUAGGAGAUUGUUUGAUUUGAAAAUAAUCCUAGUUGAGUUUGCGGGGUGUUAUUUAGGGAGGGGGUUUCCGAACGAAUGCGGGUUGUGUGCGAUUUUGAUUAAUGUUUACUUGAAUGUGUUUGAUCAAAAGUUGCAAGAGUUGCGGUUGUUGGUUAAUGAGGAGAGUCGAAAAGCUAGGUUAGAGAACGAAAAUGAUGGUGAUGGUGGUAAUGUGGUUUACAAGCCUUUGAAGAUAUAUGCGGUUAGGUAUUUAGAUGAGAUACUUGUGAUUACGUCUGGGUCGAAGGGUUUAACGGUGAAGUUAAAGAAUCUUGUCGUGCCGUUUCUUGAAAAGAAUUUGGCGUUGGAGGUGAAUAAGGGGGUUACUGCGGUUCAUAGUGCGGUUUCGGAGGAGAUUAGGUUUUUGGGUAUGGAUGUUCGGGCGGUUACGCCGUCGGUUUUGCGUUCUCCGAUGUCGGAGAAGGCGAUUAGGGCUAGGAAAAAGUAUUUACGACAAAAGGAAGUUAGGCUUCAAGAGCUUAAGAAUCGAAGGGAGACGAAUAGGAAGAAGCUAGCGAUGAAAAUUUUCGAUCAUGUUUAUAAGAAGUUGAAAACGAGUAACGGGUUCAAGUUCAAUUUUCAAAUAGAGAAAGAAGUUAAGGUGAUUUUCGAAACUUGGGGUCGUGAAACGGUUGAUGAGUUUAUGGGGUCGACAGAGGAACGUGCAGCGUUGUAUCGUAAGCUUUCGGGUGGUGAUUUUUUAUCGUUGAAACGAAUUAGAGAGCAACUUCCGUUAGAUCUUGUAGAAUCUUACGAUAAGUUUCAAGAAAACGUCGACAAGUAUUUGAAUCCAAUGAAAGCUAGAAAAGAGAUGGAGGAAAGAAAAAGAAAGCUAGAAGAUGAAGAAGAAAAGAAAUACGCGGAAAGAACAGUCAAAGAUUUGACCAAACUUUGUAUAAAAGUCGAUGCACCCGACCGACUUGUCAGACAGGCGAUUCGGUUAGCUAGGUUUACCAACGACAUGGGCCGGCCUAGACCAAUCGGUGCACUCAUGGUUCUCGAAGAUGCCGAUAUCAUCAAAUGGCACGCGGGUGUCGGAAAACGAUGGCUCGAUUACUUUUGUUGUUGUCAUAAUUUCAAGAUUGUGAAAACCGUUGUAAACUAUCACAUGAGAUUCUCUUGUAUAUUGACUCUAGCCGAAAAACACGAGUCAACCAAACGCGAAGCGAUAAAACAUUACACUAAAGAUUUGAGGGUUUUCGACGUUGACGGGAACGAAGAGUUGUAUUUUCCUAGCGAACGAGAGAUUAAAAUGAUGGGUGAUAAGAAUCUUGUGGACCCGAAGCCUGUUGAUGGGGCUUUGACCAUGUUGUUGACUAGAUUGGCUACUGAUGAAAAUUUGUAUCGAUGUGGUGCUCAUUUUUGUCAAAGGUUUGAUACGAUCGUGUAUCGAAUUCGGUUGUUGCAAAAAGAUUUGAACUUGGAUUGUGAGAAAUCAUGGGUUUCUGGUAUGGGUGUUAUUCCUGAUGUUUUUGAUAGAAAGUGUGUACCUUUAUGUUCAGAUCAUGUUAGUCAGAUGUAUCUUGGUGCACUUACACUCCAAGAUGUUGACUUUUCAAGUUUACUAGAUGUUUGACUACAAAUUUUGAGGUAUGUUAUCUAGCUGUUUAUCCGUUUUCGGUUAGGCAGAUUAGACUUGAUUUAACGAGCGGGUCAACGGAGUCGGAGGUGCAACAGUAUCUCUUCAGGCGGAGCAGAAUUGCUGUGCCUAAAGUUAACAUUCCUUCGCUUAUUUUUUUGCGACUGGGCUUGGAUGAGAAGAAGGAAUUGGUUUAUGCUAUUGCCUUGUCGAAUCUUUGGAAGGUUUGGCUUCAGAGAAAUUAGAAGGUCUUCAGGAGAAAAAACUCGUCGGCAGCCAUGGUGGGAGAGGAGACAAAGGAGAUUGCGUAUUGGUGGGCGAAGAAUAGAUCAAAGGCUGUCAUACCGAGCUCGGAUUGUUGAACAGUUUGGAUGUAAUGUAAUUGUUUGUUCUUGUUUUGCUGUAUUGGUCUUCCUCUUAGCAGCUUGCUGAGGUUGUGUAGAAUAAAAUCUCCUUUUGGUUGGCCAACAAAAAUUAAUGUGUGAGGUUAGUAACAUAUGAGUAUAAUUGUGAUGAUUAUUAAGCAUUUAGC